UCUUCUGCCCCCCGCCGUUGUUAUUACCGCCGCCCAGCCGGCCCAACGAGUGCCGUCGGCCCGCUGCCGCCGCUUCGACGGGGCCCUUGCAGCCCGCGCGUGACGAGGGCGAAGUUGUGCGUCCGCAAAGUCGUCGCGUUAGUUCCGCCUUCCCCGUCUCCCAGCCGCCCCGCAGCCGCCUGCGAAACCGAAACCCCGCGCGCCCGUCGGUGGGGACGGGAGCCGCGCGCGGCCCGUCGCCUCCUCCCGGACUGCGCCACGAGCGCGCCUCCCCCUCAGCGGCCUCCGCUUCUUCGCCGUGCCCCCGCAGCGAAAAGGCGGCAAAAGGGGGCGGCGAAGGGGGUCUGUGGCGCCUCACCCGCCCCCCGCACAGUUCACACGCUGCGCGACGGCGGCCCACGGGGCGUGAACGGGCAGCCGCCAGGAGGCUCGAGAAGAGGCCCACAGCCACACGCACACGCACACGCCCCGCACCCAGCGCACCUCCAAAACGCAAGAAAUGACGAGCUCAUCGCGGCCAGCGCAAAAACACCCAACGCGGGCAACGCGCCCCCCCCACGCCACUGGCAGAACGCGGCGUAG